AUGUGGAGGGGUCGACAAUGUCGCAAGGCUGCUGCAUACGUUCGGACCGAGACAACUUCUUCGGACAACAAGAAAUCACCCAUCAUACCCCUGGAGGGAUUUAAUUGGGAGGAGACCGAGCCGUUACAAUUCCGGCCCUUCAAAGGAAAAGACAAAUAUAACUUGACUAUGGCACUUGAGAACCUCGAUCCUUCAGAACUUAUCCAGAUGGACAAAACAUACAAGAACCGAGUCGCUCUCCGCAAGUCCGUACUUGACCAGCACCACGACAUCGUGGUGGCAAUCAACAAUGAUCAAACCCCAGAAGAGGACCCUCGCAUCCGCCCCGCCAUUAGUGAAUUAUACAAUUUUGUUCUGGAGACAUACCUACCAGCCCGAUAUCCGAGCAUAUUCCAGCUGAACGAUGAAAGCUCGCUCUUCCAAAACCUGGUAACAGGCGCAACCUGGCCAACGACCCUGUCGUCAACGACGCCAACCAUCCGAGCCCUAGAAAUCCUGUCCCAGACAGUAGACGAGGAUUUCCUGAUCUUACUACCUGAAGUCUCACCUGAUAGUGAGGAACAGCCUAAAUAUGUACUGCAGGCAUAUGCAGCCUGUUUCCCAGCUGGCUUCAACACGCGCCAGAAACUCGGGUUGCGUUUAGUGGAUAUUCACGGGCCAGUGCCAGGCUAUCGGGAGAAGAUUGAGCGCAGCAUGGACAGGUUCUUUGCGCGCAUUGCAGUUGGCAAAUUUGUGAAGCGACACAAUUGGAGUAUUACUAUUGACACUGACCUGUUCGCUGCUUUUGGUGGAACACAUGCCGUGGCAGGGAAAAAGGAGGAGGCUAUUGAGCCCGGGAAGUUGAAUGUUGAUCAGACAUUGCAUCGGCUGCCGGUGUCCAAGGCUCUUAUUUUUGCCCUCCACACCUAUGUUUAUCCAGUUAGGCAGAUUAAAGAUGAGGGUUCUGGUGAGGACCUUGCAAAUGCGAUUGAUGGCUUGAAAAGGGGAAAUGUGCCAGAAAUGCAUAUUUAUAAGAAGGGAGAUGUCUGGGGAGAUGCAUUGAAGGACUUCCUAAGGGCCUAG